GCCUCGCAGAGCUGUCAGCCCGUGGGCCCCGGGCGGGAGCCGGGAGCGCAGCCAGGCCGAAGCCCACUGCCCACGCAGCCGGCCUCACUGCCGCCAUGGGGGCGUCCACGCGGCUGCUGCGUGCGGUGAUCUUGGGGGCGCCGGGCUCGGGCAAGGGCACCGUGUCGUCGCGCAUAACCAAACACUUCGAGCUGAAGCACCUCUCCAGCGGGGAUCUGCUCCGAGACAACAUGCUGCGGGGCACAGAAAUCGGUGUGUUAGCUAAGACUUUCAUUGAACAAGGGAAGCUCAUCCCAGAUGAUGUCAUGACUCGGCUGGCCUUCCAUGAGCUGAAAAACCUCACCCAAUAUAACUGGCUGCUGGAUGGCUUUCCAAGGACUCUUCCUCAGGCAGAAGCCCUGGAUAGAGCUUAUCAGAUCGACACUGUGAUUAAUCUGAAAGUGCCCUUUGAGGUCAUUAAGCAACGCCUCACAGCUCGCUGGAUUCAUCCAGCCAGUGGCCGAGUCUACAACAUCGAAUUCAACCCUCCCAAAACUGUGGGCAUUGAUGAUCUAACUGGAGAGCCUCUUAUUCAGCGAGAGGAUGAUAAACCAGAGACCGUUAUCAAGAGACUGAAGGCUUACGAAGCUCAAACAGAGCCAGUCUUGGAAUACUACCAGAAAAAAGGAGUGUUGGAAACAUUCUCCGGAACUGAAACCAACAAGAUCUGGCCCUAUGUAUAUGCCUUCCUACAAACCAAAGUUCCACAGAUAAACCAGAAAUCGUCAGUUACUCCAUGAGGAAAAGCGUGUGUAAGGAGUAACAUGAGCAGAAGCUCCUCAUCAUUAGAAGGUCCUUGUCCUAAAACUCAGAUGUGUAUGAACUUUUUGAAAAUUAUAUUAGUUUCAUUUCUACCAAAUUCUGGAAAUUAAGGAGGUGCCAAAUGAGUCAGAUACUAAGAUCUGUCUUUUGAAAUAAUCUAUUAUAUUUUAUUCAGUUAUGUUCUAUGGGAACACAAUACAAAAAAAAUCAGAGAUGUCUAACGGAACUUUUGAAAAUCAUUUAGAGCGUAAUUAAAAGAGCAACUGUUAGUAGUCUAACCUUUGUUCAGCAGAGUAAGAGAUUGAUAAAGUUUCCUUAUUUUUCUGGAAAAGUAAAAAUAAAAAAUUGCAUGUCAUUUGGGAAAAAUGUCUCAUCAGAAGCUUUUGCUUAGAUUGAUGCCCAAAAGCCAAAUCUAGCACUGUGGUACAGAUGUAGUGGUACACUAUCUAUAAAGUUCCAGAAAAAAAAGCAACUGGAUUCACAGAUUCUUUGCAGGAUGCAAAUUCACUGCUGCCUCUACACUAAGAAAUUUAUAAGCUAGCCAUAUGUUGUAUUUAUUUUGUUGUUAAAUGUACCUUCAGGCUACUCAGAAUUUUCACAUGCUAUAAAAAUGUAUCAUUUUACACAUAGGAAAGUACUUUCCUAUAUGAUUUAUAUUAGAAAUUGACAUUCUAAAUCUUGCAAAAGAUUUCAGAUGUUACUCAGGUUAAGGGAUGUGGCUUUUGGAUCUACUUGCCUCUUUCUCUUUUUGAUCAAAAUGUAUGAUCUGCCUUGAUGAGUAACAUAUUCAAGUAGAAAUAAAAGAAUAAAAAAAACAAAACUAAGGCACUAGGUAAAGUAAGCAUGCUUUGUCAUUAGGAAGUAAAUCAGGUUUGCCUGGGGAAAUUCCCUUGACACAUACAGCAAUCAUAGUAAACAUGAAAGGAUUUACAUGCCAGGACCAGGAAUCAAGUGGUGUUUGCUGCUGAAGGAGUACAUUUGUAAUCAAAGAAGUUGACACCUGCUGGCAUUCACUGCUGCCCUACUUAAGGGUAAAGAACUCUGCUGCCGAAUGUAACCUGAGCAGCCAUUUAAAAAUGAAGAUGAUUUGAUUCCUUACUGGGGCAUGCUUAUGUACUGUGGCCUGGUUGAAAGAGUGGAGCAAUAAGAGAGGUGGAGAAACCUGACUGUAUCUUCGAUGGCAUAUUGACUCUUAAUUUGGUGCCAAACGAAAUGAAACAAAUCCUUGUACAAGUGUUAUUAACUGCCGUUGAAAAUUUGUUCCGUUUUAUUGUAGGCACUUAAAAUGCAACUGCCAAUAAGUGGUUCUUAUGUAUUUUGCAGGGGAAAAAAAUAAUUUCCUUUCUUUUGACUUUUUAAAAACUCAAUUUGAUCUUUCAAAAUGGACCAAGGCUUUUAAAAACAAUUACAGUAAACAUUCCAUUCUUCAUAAAACUUUCUAUAAUACCUUAUUUGAAUGUUAAUAUUAUGUGCUUUCUAAAAAUGUUAUAAACUACUAAACUUAUGAAUUAUUGCUAGGUUAUCAGGCAUACAUUAGUAUUAAGGUAUAGAAUACAGUUCCAUUUAGAACUGUAGGUAUCACUUGUCUGUGGUAGUCCACAGGGCUCACUCCAUCCCAUCUUCCAUUCUCAUGCCCUGAUGACUCACUGGCUUCUGAACUAGUGACUGGUUUCUAUUAAUUGUCUUAAAACAGUGAACAGGCUGGUUUAAUUUCAUGUUAUACUUUAUCUCAUGCUAUAGUAGUGCAAUAUACUGGCCUUCUUGACACCCUUAAAUUUGGAAUAAAAAAGAGUUAGAAGAACAUGGCUAUGAAAUAUAAGAUUCUUCUUCCCUGUGAGCAUUCCCUCUCCACCCUCAAAACACUUACCCCAAAGUUUGGCACAUACAUCCAUUACUUUGGGAAACUUCUGCACUACUGCCUUUUCCUUUGUCAAAGCAAAUAAAAAUAACUUGUUUUCUGUCUGAUGGAGAUUAUCAUUGCUGAGGGGCGAAUCUGCUAAAAAAAAAAAUAAUACUGUAAUGACAUUAUGAUUUAUGUGCCACAUGGAAAUAUGUCUAGAGCUGAAUGCCAUGGCUAGAAGCUACUUUCUUAGUUAAAAGCUAAUGAGAACAGAACUUAAACCCAUUACCCUAUUUUCUGGAGUACCAGUUAUUUUGGAUACCUUACAUAAGCAGAGGGUGUUGAGGGAAAUGGAAACUGGCAGAUUCUACCAUCAGAAAUUUUAUUCCUCACUCCAUUUGAGAUAGGUUAAGCACUGGUGUACAUUUCUAAACUCUAGCCCACAACUCUAGCUACUUUCCCCCCAGCUACUCACAAUGGCAUUCCAGCAAAGAAAAAUAUUUUGGAUACUCUCAGUCUGUGACAACACUUACCUAUGUUAAUAACAAAUCAUGGUAAUUAGACUUCAGAUUAAAUUGUUGUAAUAUUUGCAACCAAUAGCAAGAAUAAAUUUGUAUUUUGAAACA